UUUGACAGUCAAACACUGAAACAGGGUUCCUAGAGAAGUGGUUGAUGGCCCAAGCCUGUCAGUGUUUAAGGCAUUUGGAAAAUGUACUUAAACAAUGUACUUUAGCUUUUGGUCAGCCCUGAGGCGGUCAGGCAGCUGGACUAGGUGAUCACUGUAGAUCUCUUCCUGUAGUCUGUUUUGUGCCUUGCGUCCACCUGUUUGUCCUGUGUGACACUAGCCCAGCUAUUUGCCCAUUUCCAUUUUCUGAUUUUGAGUGCAAGUGUGUGUGUGUGUUGCUGCUGUAUGGUGGAUUGCACUGAGAGUAGGAUUCAGGAUGGAUCUCACUUUGGGAGGAUGGAAGCAGGAUAAAUUGAACAGGGGAAGGCUGGAAGUUGUAGUGACUGCAGUCUUAUUCUGUGUGUAGUUGUGUGUAACUGCAUUUUGAGGUUGGCUUCAAAAUUGCGGUAGUGCAGCCAUCAUUAGGAGGUCUAUUUUGGCUCUUUCUGGCACUUUUUCGUGUUGGCACUAACCUAACUGAAAUAUAUUUUUUAUAAAUUUUCAGUCAGGUGGGUUCAUUAUUCCUACUUGCUGUCCAGUGGGGUACAUGGUAGGUACUGAGAAUGAGCAGACACAGGACAAGUGCGUGGGAGAGCAGAACCAACCGCUUUGGCAAGAGCCCAAACUGAAUGGGUUAAAAUAACCAGGGCAGUAUGACUGCAAUGACUGUAUUUUUUCCUUUGGAUACAGCUAGGCUUAGACUUCAGGUUGAUGAGAAGCGGAAAUCUAAGACAACACCGGCAGUUCUUUUGGAAAUAAUCAAAGAAGAAGGCUUGUUGGCACCAUAUCGAGGAUGGUUCCCUGUUAUCUCCAGCCUUUGCUGCUCCAAUUUUGUUUAUUUUUAUACAUUUAAUAGUCUUAAAGCCCUCUGGGUCAAAGGUCAGCAUUCAACCACUGGGAAGGACUUGGUUCUUGGGGUUGUUGCAGGUGUAGUGAAUGUACUCCUGACCACUCCUCUUUGGGUAGUGAACACACGUCUGAAGCUGCAGGGAGCAAAAUUCAGAAAUGAAGACAUUGUACCAACUAAUUAUAGAGGCAUAAUAGAUGCCUUUCAUCAGAUAAUAAGAGAUGAAGGAGUCUUAGCUUUGUGGAACGGUACUUUCCCCUCCUUGCUUCUGGUCUUCAAUCCUGCCAUACAGUUCAUGUUUUAUGAAGGCUUUAAACGAAAGCUUUUGAAAAAGCAGCUGCAACUCACAUCUUUGGAUGCUUUUGUCAUUGGUGCAAUAGCCAAAGCAGUUGCCACGACCCUCACUUAUCCUCUGCAGACAGUACAGUCAAUUCUGAGGUUUGGACGCCACAGGUUGAACCCAGAGAACCGAACACUAGGCAGUCUUAGAAAUGUUCUUUACCUUCUUCAACAGAGAGUGAGGCGUUUUGGAUUAGUGGGACUCUACAAAGGCCUUGAAGCAAAGCUCCUGCAGACAGUCCUUACUGCUGCUCUUAUGUUUCUGGUAUAUGAGAAACUGACUGCUGCAACCUUCACAGUCAUGGGAUUAAAGCACUCACGCAAACAUUGAUAAAGGAGCCUAUGCCAAAGAUUAUGGGGUCUAGAAAACACAUUCCUUUUUUGAGACCAGGCUGGGUAACAAAGGGUCCUCACUUCCUCUACUUCUUUUUUUAGCCACCUCUGUCUCCAGUAUUUGGAGAAUCUGGAAUAUGCUCUGUAGGACCUGUUGCCACAAAUUCAGGGAUAGCCCAUUCCCUAUUGUUCUGUGGACUCACUGCUUUAAGAAACAAAGACACCUUAUUUAAGCACUUGACAUAAAAUUUUAAUGAUUAUAUGAUUUGGUUGACAUUCUUGGCGAGAAUUAAUCUCUGUCACUAUGCUUUCUUGUUUUCCCUCAAAUAGUCCUCAGUUAUUCCUGUAUCUUUACCUUCUGUCAGCAUCUGGUGGGGCUGGUUUUGUUUUAUCUUCCUUGGGUGCCUCAGACACCCCCCCAAACAAUUGUGUUAUUUUCCUUGACCUGUGUUUGUCACUUCAUAUUUGGUUCAUUAAAAUAAUUCAUAAAGAUUAA